AAAUUCACAUAUGGAGCAAUAAAACUAAAUUAAUUCUGUACACGUCGAACUUUGAAGGAACAAACGUUCUAGAUCAUACUUUUAUUUAAUCGACUCUGGGGGUUUUUUUCGAGUGACUUGCUUGGAGUAUAUCUUGGGUUGUUUUUGUUUUUUUAGUUUCUUUGAAUGAAAAUGGAUUAUUUCUUCAUCAAAGUAGUUGUGGCCAUCUGCUUCGCGAUUCUCAUGAAAGGUACCCAGAGCCAAACGUCCACAGACACGCUAUGUAAGAACGUUGUUGCUACUUUAGACUGCAGUUUGGACACUCCGAGGAACAUUUGCGCCACGAAUGGAGUGACCUACCCUUCUGGCUGUGACUUCGCCAAGGUGCACUGUCAACGUCCGGACGUCCACAUUAAGUACGAGGGCAGUUGUUUAGAGAGCGACGCUGUGGGAGAUUCGUUCUGCAGGGACCUCCUCUCCUACAGCUGCCCAGUGGUCAGUUCUCCGGUGUGUGCCAACGACAACAAGACCUACGACAACUUCUGUCGCUACCAACAAGCCAAGUGCUCUAACAAAGAUCUCCAGCUGGCCUUGCUGGGAGUAUGUCCCACGCCCCCUCCAGUGACCACCACGACCAUCAGCGUGUUUGAGCUGAUCUGUCAGGGAAUUCUCAACACACCUUGUCCAGACAACCAGCCCCAGGUCUGCGGCUCUGAUGGGGUCACGUAUGACAGUGGCUGCGAUCUGGAAAAAGCGAACUGUAUCGCUGCCAGUGGCGUGACGCUGGAUAAAACUGGGCCCUGCUGACGUCAUCAUUCUCUGCGCUGUCUCCUCGCACUGUCUAUUCGGAGACGGCUCCAACGGAAGUAGACCAAUGAAAAUGCUUUGUGCCUCUAGACCAAGUAAAAAAAAGUCUGUUUUAACCCAUAAAU